AAUACGCCGUACGAACGUCCGCGUUCUCGAUUACGCACGUGCAAAACCUUUGUGAUAAAAUAAUCAUGUACACGAAAAGUUUACGCGUUGUGUGCGUGUAGUGUUCGCUCGAUCUGUAACUUUGUUCUGGAUUUUUUGCUAAGGUGGAGGGUAGCGGGCGCGGGGCGCGCGGCGAGGGGUGAUGCCGGUGCGCAAGGGGCUGCUAGCGCCCCAGAACACCUUCCUCGAUACUAUCGCCACACGCUUCGAUGGCACGCAUAGCAACUUCGUGCUGGGCAACGCGCAAGUCCCAUCGUACCCCAUCGUCUACUGUUCGGAUGGGUUCUGCGAGCUGACAGGGUGGGCGCGGGCACAUAUCAUGCAGAAAGGGUGCGCCUGCAAGUUCCUCCACGGUCCGGAUACGAGGGAGGAGCACCGCCAUGAGAUCGACGCGGCCCUUGACUCCAAACACGAGCUGAAGCUUGAACUCAUAUUCUAUAAGAAAAAUGGUACGCCGUUCUGGUGCUUGCUCGAUAUUGUCCCAAUUAAAAAUGAAAAACGAGAAGUGGUUUUGUUCCUCGCCUCGUUCAAGGAUAUCACCAACACCAAGAUGGCCGCCAUGAACACUAAUGAGGAGUUCGACAGCGGAGCCGCGGUGCGGCCUUCGGCUGGCGUGGUCACUCUAGCGUUAUCCCCAUUUGUACCCGCAGCGGCACUCUUGGGCGCCCGGUUCCGAGCUGAAUCUAGUUGCCUACUUCCAGACCCGAAUGGCAAUCUGGAUCCCGAAGCGCCCUCGCCCGCCAACAUGGGCAGACGGCGCUCCAGGGCAGUUCUUUACCAGCUUUCAGGACAUUAUAAGCCAGAUAAGACGAAGAGUAAAUUAAAACUCAACAAUGUUAGUAAGAAUCUUCUACACUCAUCCGAUCCUCCGCUGCCUGAAUACAAAACGUCGGCAAUAAAAAAGUCAAGAUUCAUCAUAUCACAUUAUGGUGUAUUUAAAACCUUCUGGGACUGGCUGAUCCUCAUCGCUACGUUUUACGUUGCUGUUGUGGUACCUUAUAACGCCAGUUUUGUUGAUCAAGGCCACCCGAGAAUUAGCGUAACCAGCGACGUCGUUGUCGAAGCUCUAUUUAUAAUUGAUAUUGUGCUCAAUUUCCGUACAACUUUUGUAAGUAAGAAAGGCGAAGUAGUGUCAGAUUUUAAAGCAAUAGCUCUUAAUUAUAUCCGGAGUUGGUUUGUCGUGGAUCUCCUGGCCGCGCUUCCAUUUGACCUACUUUAUGCUUCAGACGUAUACAGCGGGGCGGAGUCUACCCACGGGAAUGUACAUCUUGUUAAGCUAACCCGGUUGUUACGACUUGCACGACUACUCCAAAAGAUGGACAGAUAUUCUCAGUACUCAGCCCUUAUACUGACUCUUUUGAUGUUAUCCUUCAGCUUGGUUGCUCAUUGGUUGGCCUGUAUAUGGUUCAUUAUAGCUGAAAAGGAGAUUGAUUACCACAGAAAUGAGAGUUGGGACUUAGGUUGGAUCAAUAACCUGGCGGAGAGGUUGAAAGUGCCGAUCGGAAACAUAUCGCACAGCGAGAGCUAUGUAACAGCACUCUACUUUACUUGCUCUUCACUCACCAGUGUUGGCUUCGGGAAUGUGUCCGCAAACACUUUGCCUGAGAAAAUUUUCAGCAUACUCACGAUGCUGAUUGGAGCAUUAAUGCACGCCGUAGUCUUCGGUAACGUAACAGCGAUCAUACAACGGAUGUACUCCCGCCGUUCGAUGUACCAGACAAAAUGGCGGGAUCUUAAGGAUUUCCUCACAAUCAACCAAGUGCCGAAGGAGCUGAAACAGCGCAUGCAAGACUACUUCCAAACAAUGUGGUCGCUCAACCAUGGCAUUGAUAUACACGAGACUCUGAAAGAAUUCCCGGAAGAAUUACGAGGGGAUGUUUCGUUACAUUUGCACAGAGAGAUAUUAUCUCUUCCGAUAUUCGAAACAGCAUCCCAGGGCUGCCUCAAGCUACUAUCACUGCAUAUCCGUAACAAUUUUUGCGCCCCCGGGGAAUAUCUCGUACACAAAGGGGAUGCGCUUACUUACAUUCACUAUAUAUGCAACGGGUCCAUGGAAGUUAUGCAAAACGACAUGGUAGUCGCUAUUCUUGGAAAGGGUGAUUUAGUGGGAUGUGACAUGAAUGCCCACUUACAAGCCCACAAUGGGACCGGCCCGCCCCAGCCCAACAACCCUGACGUAGUAGUAAAGUCAAGCAGCGACGUGAAGGCUCUGACUUACUGUGAUCUCAAAUGUAUAAACAUGAUCGGGCUCGCGGACGUGCUUCGGUUGUAUCCAGAGUAUCAACAGGUCUUCAUUCACGACAUUCACCACGACCUCACGUACAAUUUGAGAGAGGGCUAUGAGGCUGAACAGGAGUCCGACGGUAACGGCCACCCGUCGCUGACUCUACCCUCUAUUUCAGAGGACGACGAAAACGCUGCUGAAGAACACGCACUGUCUCCAAAAAAGCCUUUAUUAUCUAGCACUAACAGUCCGAGACAUGCUAAAUUUAGGUCAGACGCACAGCGCCUUACCCAUAAGGAGUUACGCGAGAGAAUCGAAAGGCAACGCUCCGUGGCAACACCCAAGAUCACUCGAGCUGAUUCUUUGGAAGGGCUCAACUUAGAAAUGUACAACACUCGCUCGUCAGUGGACAGGCUCGACACGCAGGUGUCCAGCUUGCAUCAUGACGUCGCUGCUCUUAGUAUAGAGGUUCGAAAUGCAAUUCAAGCUUUACAAGAAAUGACAGGUCCUGUGUGGCAUGCAGCACAUUCGAAUCCCAAUCUGCAGUGGAACUCUCCGCCGAAUCAGUUGGCACGCAGUUGCAGCCAUCCUCCUGACGUCUUUUGCUGGGAUCAGCAAGAGCGGUCAUUCACUCCUGAUCGGCCGAAAAUAAAUCGAAGCACACAGACUGAACCAUUCCUGCACAGUGUCACCCAGUACAUAAUGGAGCACCCUGCGACUGUGAUGCUCCUGUUGGGCCUAGACCCGAUGGCCAACCUAGCACCGGUCAUACAACCAACGGUCGAAUACUACGACCCGAGAAGUCGCCGACCGAGUGUUCUCGAGCAGAUCAUCGAGUCUGAAAACGGCAGUCAAACUCCGUCCAGUUCGGCGAGCGACAAACCAGAACCACUGAGGAGUCCCAGUGGAAGUGCUAAGGACCUUGAUAUACAACCAGAAAUGGAAAGGCUAUUAGAAAAAGACAAAAGUGCUAGUUUAAAACGAAAUAGGUACUCUGCGAGUGAUCUUUACGAUGUGACUGAACGAUUGCUACCAGCUAAGAACGCACAUCCAAGUACUUACAGUCUUAAAAAUAACUUUAACAGUUAAGUGAUCAUAAUUCCAAUCUGCUCAUUAGUCAAUAGUUUCAAGUGGACUCUGUGUUAUUAUAAUGUUAUUUUAAAAUCAAUGGGGCACUCAUCUAUCGCUUAUAGACCCGAAUGCAAAAUAGCCGUUAAAAGCGUGUUGCUUUAUCAACGAAAUUGAUGUUGUGUAACUUCAAAUGCAUAUAAACAAUUAAUGUACAUAUCAAACUAUUUAUAUCUAAAAUGUCUUCAUUGUUUAUAGUAUUAGUUAUUUAUGGAUUUAUCUAGUCAUGAAGUGUAAUAGGGGAGAGCUGUGACCUGAUUCUCUAUAGAUGUUUCAUACUUCAAAAAACAUGGUUACAUAUUGCUACCUUAAGACCACCUUUGUAAGUUAUAACGAUUCUGUACAGAUUAUUGCUCUGAUAAUAACGAAAAUAAUUUGUGGAAUCAUAUCACCUUAGCACUUCCUCUCAAACAUCUUUAUUUUCUAUAGGUACCUACUUACUACUGCAAUGUGAUUUCAAACCUAACCUAACCUAACCUGUGAAACUCAUCCUGUGAAAAAAAACCCAUUGUUAUUUACAAUGGCCUUUUUCGUUCGUAAUUCGACGACCAUAACAUCUUUGACGAAUUUAUGAAUUCAAUUAAAGUUAUCGUCGUAACUUGUUAAGGUGGUCCUAAAUAAUUAUAUCUGUGUGAUGUAAAAGUAAAAACUAAAUAUUUUCGAAAAAUUGACAUGUCUUUACAAAAGGAAUGUCAAAUGUAAUAGCGAAUAAGAUCCUGUUAAGAACUACGCAUAUCUAUGAAAUAGGUAAGUUAGUAAAUUCUGUAAUAUUAAUCUAAUAAUUUAUAUUAUUAUCAUUAAAAAUGGUUUAUCUGCAUAUUCUGAAGUGAUAACUUCUUAUGUAUUUAUACGUAACGCGUUACGGCGCCACUCUGUCUGACUUUCCUGUCUCUCACGCAUAUGGCAGCAGGUUUAAUUAAGUUAUCAAUUUUGUCAAGCGCUACGAGACGCACACGUUUCCUUUUUUUCUUAAUGUGGUAUAUAGAGAUGAUCGGUAGAACGUAUAUUUUUAUACACGUUUUCUUGAUAGACAAAAUAUUAUUAUAAACAUCUAUUUUUCAGUUUUUAAGUAUGUAUGUCAUGUUGGUGAAAAAUUUUUUAUCGAACUUUAUUGAUUUAUUAAAUGAUAGUAUAGUAGUGUUCUUACUACCUUGGGACCCUUUAUUCUUACCAGCUCUAAAUAUAAAGCCGGAGAAAAUAAAUAUCCUUGAAAAUAUUAUAUCUACAACAUAUCUUCUUGUAGAAUAUUUAUUUGACUUAUAGUAUGAUUUUUGUAAGUAAUUUACAACAAUAAAAAAAAUAAUGUAGAUACAACAGUAACAAUUUGUAAAAAUCUAGAAUUCUAUUAAAUAUUGUAUAAGUAUAUUUUUUUAAUGUUAAAGAUUAAAUUUGAUAAUAAUAUCAAACAAUUAUUAUCAAGGAAUACAGACAUAAUCUGUUUAUUUUAAAAAUUCGCAUAUCUACGUCCUGAUAGUUAUUUUUUUACUAUUUUUGUAAAAUUGUGCCAAAAGAGAAAAAAUCAUUUUAAUAUUCAUGUUAACACUUAGGUGCCGAAUAUCCACUUAAAUAUUAAUUUUGAUCUCGAAUUGCAUAAGAAGCGUUAUUUAUAUUAUAUUAUCGGACGCCUGCGAUUUCGUGAAAAUUGAUGUAAACUUUCAACCCCUAAUUUACCCCCUUCUAUUUAUAUUCUUGCAUGUUUACAUUAAAUAGUACACUACUAAUUUUACAAAAAUAUAACUCAAAACAUGAACUAUUUAUAUGAAAAAAACUUCAACUCCUUUUUUAAACCUUUAAACCUUUAAUUGUUAAAAAAGCGGAUGAAAUUUUUAGAAUUUUAAAUUCUGUAAAACGCAUGAAUAACCCUCAUUUUUUUUAGUAUUUUUCUGGUAGUACUACACAAACCAAUUUUUACAAAAUGUAACUUGAAAAAUUAAGGACUUUCCGUCAAAACUUUCAACCCCUGUUUUAACCACUGCUGAUUUAAGUAUCCUAUAACCUUUUUCGUAAUAUGGUCUCAAAUCGUGCCAAGUAUCAUUUAAAUUCAUUCAAUAGUUUCAGCGUAAUGCUCGGUCAACAAAAACAUGAACAGACAGCCAAAAAAUAUAAAAAAAAUGUGUUUUGCUUCAGUAUCGCUUAUAUACCUAUUACUUAAUGCCUUCCAACAACAAUUUUUAAUAUACGGAAUUGGACUUGUUACAGUUUUAUUAUAAGUAUAGAUUUGUUUAGUUAACGGUCGCCAAAAAAAGAACCGAACGGACGGCGACGCGACACUGGCGGGAGUUAGCUAGUUGCAAACUAGUAUAGUCAACACCUUUCCCUAGGUAAAGAAUGAAAGCUUGAUAACUUGACAUACCUCAUUUAAUGAGUUCUGAAAAUAGCCUAUGCUAAUGCUAUUACCAUAAAUGUAUAACCAAUAAUGGUGUUUGAACUUUGGAAUAAAUAAAUACGUUUUAUACUUGGAUGGCCGAGACUCUGGACCCUGUAAAACUGCUACCUUACAAAGCCACCACAGUAAAAACUGCAUAAUAAUUAGCUACCAUACUUACUUAAGGUAAGAGCUUAUAGGAUGACGCGCUUUUCCAUAAAAUUAGUAACAAAGUUAACAAAACCACUAGGUAAUUAACAAAGAACACGUGACGCCGGCGCAAGGACUAUAUGGCGAUGCAUACUAUUACGAGUAAAUCAACUUUAACUCCCGCCAGCGCAGCGUCGCGUCGCUUCCCCGUCCCGUCCGAUGUGUAGCCUACCUUAAAAAAUGAGUUAUUUUUAAAAUUCUUUAAUUAAAAAUGUAUGUAUAACUGUAUGUGUAAUGUAUGUAUACUGUCUGUAUGUAUCAUAUAAGUAUACUAUUUGCAUUGAGUCAACAAAUAAAAAUAAUCUUGUACAGUUAGAUUGGAGAUUAGGUUUAUAUAGCACAUAAAUAAAUUGAUUAAACUGAACAAAACAAAAUAAAAUGAAGAAGAGGAAAUAAAAUUGUAAAGUACCUUCAGUGUAAUAAAGAGAAAAUAUUGUUCUUGAUACCGUUUAUGAGUUUCUUUUAAAUAUAAUUCGCCGCCAAAUUUCUUUUUUAAAUUGAAAUAAAAAAAGGUAACUAAGGAAUUUAGACUAUGGUGACUUUAGGCGGUACGUUUACGAUUAAUGGUAGGCGUCCACUGAUCUGGAUCGUACGUAUCUGACACAUCGCAUCACACGGUUUUUUUUAAAUUUACGGUAGAUAAAAUCCGUUCGAUGCGAAUCAGUGGACGCACUUGUAUGACUUUCUAUACAAGGAAUACUAAAAUCUGUUUGAUGCGAUGCAGAUCUGCGGACGCUUGCCCGCUGCCGGUUCCGUUAGGAGGCAAUAGUGUCAGGCGAAAGGUUGUCAAGAAGCUAAGAGGACAUGAGUUCUUAUAUUAUCACAAAGUAUAUAUAAACCUACGCUAUAAUUAUAAACUUGGAUUAAUUAUCCAUAGGUUUUUGUUAGGUAGGUAAGUACAUACUAUCUUCCAAAGCCAACAUGUUCGAAACUCCAUAGUUGCUUUCCGUAUUACCUAGUAAUAGAGAUGGUAUAGGUAUCUACAUAUAAGACAGGAACUAACAAACUUUAAGUUUUUACCAGUAGUUUCUGAGAUAAGCGCGUUCAAGCAAACAUACAAAUAAAAACUUCAUAUAAGUUUGGUCAGACUCUAGACCUCAGCUAUCUGGCCUUUUUUAAAUCAGCGUUAGAUUUAAUUUAUACCGGUAAUUUAUUUAUAUAGAUGGUUCAUGGUUCAUUCAAUGUAGGUAAAUCUCGUUUAUUUAUAACGAUAGUUUAUUAAACGGUACCUAUAAUAUUCAAGUGAGUGUUACAGUAAGAGCAAAACGGAAGCGUGGUAAUAAAAUGUACGUGGAAACUGGAACGCAGUUGAAUUGAAAAUAAAUGUUCGCCUGUUCAUUUCCGUCGGAAUAUCACAGCUCUUCAUAGUUCAUAGUUAGUUCACUGUUCAACUACUGUAACACUGGCUCAAAGGGAGACAAAUUGCAUGUGUAUUUCUCGUGAAUGAUAGUUAAAAAGUCUAUGAUAAUAAUCAAUAGGGUAGAUUAUCACAGUAGCUAUUUUGUAAAUAAUAUCAUUAGUGCCUACUACUUAUCUUCCUAAGCUCUAUAAAUACGAGUAUAUACUUAAUAUUAUUUUAUUUUAAGAUUAUAAUUUUUCUGUUAAAGAAAAUAAUAUUAAUUUGUACUCUACCACAUGUUUUCUGAGACCGUAGUCUGUACCUACUUACUAACCUAUCCAUAAAAUGAAAAUCUUAUUAAUCACGUUUGUAUCGAGGAACGAUUAUAAAAGUUCAAGGAUCAUUAAUUAUCUAAUUAAUGAUAAUUUUUCAAUGUUAAUAUCAAAUUCUACCCUUAUUAUCAAAUUCUACCCCACAUUAUUUUCUUUUAUAUGAUAGGUUUUCUAAUAAUUAUUAUUAUUAAUCUAUUACUUAAUUAGAUUUUUUGUGUAAUUUCACAUCGGCAAAUUUAUGAUUUAGAUGCCUACCUUCAUAGAAGAUUUGGGUAUUUAUUUAAGUAUUUGCUAUGUGGUAGCUACUGUGUUAAUUUACCGUAGAAGAACGGAGACGCUUACUAGAAUAAAUGACUUGUAAAAAGGUACGCGUAUCUACGUUAUACCUAUUUUAUAUAGAGAAUGUGAUAUGAGGAAAAGUAACACGUGCAGUGCCUAAAUUAUUCUUAUUUAUUUAAAUAGUAUAAAUACUUGAGAUUUUAUUGUAAUCUUAAAGUCAAUAGAGGCGCACAAUGUUGGUAUCUUCCUACCUAUAUGUGGAUUGUGCGUGAUAAGUUAAAAUUUUUUGUAUAUAGGCAUUUAGGUAAUUAGACUUUUAUGAAUUGAUCUUUCUCUUGUAGUACAAAAUUAGUUAUGUAAAAAUUAAUAAAGACAAAUUG